GUCAGACAGACAGAAGGAAAACAGACAUAAAAAAAAGUAUGUCAGUGAAUCAGGGGCCGUUGCCCCAUCCAGGGUACUGUGUCAGGGCACGGGAUGCUCUGGUCGGGGGCAGCAGCAGCAGCAGGGGCUCCUGGGACAAUAAUUAUUGGAGGAUACCACACCCUGGCGCCGCCACACGCACGCCUCCACCUGGGCAGAUGGUGCAGCAGCAGCAGCAGUGGCGGAGGUGGUGCCCUGCCUGACCCCCACACCCCGCCGCCCUCAGGCGGGCCGCCAGGCCCCUCCCACGGUCACAGCCCCGCCCAUGGUCACAACCCCUAACACCUUAUUGGUCGGUGGGGUCACGUGAUCUCGUGGGAGACAUAUAAAGGUGACGCGUGGCCGGGGCAAGGGUCAGACCAGUAUACGAUACAGAAGCCGACAUGUCUGUGUCUGAUUGGUACUUCCCCGUGUCGCAUCCUGGCUACUCCAGCCACCUGGAACACAGCUUCAUUGAACAGUUCGCCUGUCCCAGCCCGCCCUAUACUACCGGAUCUUACGCCUUGCCUGUUCAGUGCUCCAGUAACACUUCUUCUAAAGAAACCAAUAGUUGGUCUACUUCUGAAGGAAGAAGUUCGUCAGAUGGACGCCCCAGCCCCUCAUGUUCUCCUAGCAGCAGUUGUGAGAGUGUAGAGGGCAGCUCGUCACACGGGUGGAACUCUAACAUAUCCGGGCCAUCAUCUUGGUCGUGGGGAGCCCCUGGCACUACUCACCCGGUUCUGGCAGCUGCUUCCAACUUCAACAGUCCAGAGUGCUCCUUGUCAGAGUCCCGCGGUCGUCAGGCUAAAUGUCGCCGACGACCGCCUAAGAUAGUGGGACGCGAGGUGAUAAGGAAGCGUCGACUCGCAGCUAAUGCUCGGGAAAGACGUCGCAUGAACGGUCUUAAUGACGCCUUUGACAAGCUUCGUGAACACAUUCCAGCACUCAGUGGCGACCAGAAACUGUCCAAGUUCGAGACUCUACAGAUGGCACAGACGUACAUCUCGGCCCUAGUGGAGCUUCUGCAGUAGUCGAGGACGGUGAGAGAGAGUAACAUCUGGUCAGCUGUCACGAUGGUGUCGGCCUUAGACGUCUAACUCCCGUGAAGCUCAGUGCCACCGCGAGUGUCCAGUGCCGCCACUAAUCAAGUGCCACCGCUACUCAGUAUACAGUGCCACCGCUACUCAGUAAACUGUGCCCCCGCUACUCAGUGACUAGUGCUAUCGCUUCUCAGAGGUUAGUGCCACCGCUACUUGAACAGAGCCAACACUGCUCCAUGAACAGCGCCACUGCUACUCGGUAAACAGUGCCACCGCUACUCAUUGAGUAGUUUCAUCGCUACUCAGUGAAUAGUGUCACCACUACUCAACAGUGCCACCGCUACUCAGUGACCUGUGGAGGUCUGUCCGAACAAGGAUGAGGAGUGUCCAACCUAUCCAGUGAAUGGAUGAGUGAGGACCUUAAAUGUGUGUGUGCGUUUCAUCUAGUGUCAUGAAGUGCCCUGACUCCUAGUUUACAGGAGUGCCAGAUGGAGCCCAGGAAUGCCAGAUGGAGAGCAGGAAUGCUAUAUGGAGCCCAGGAAUGCCAAACGGAGCUCAUUAAUGCCAGAUGGAUCCCAGGAAUUGCCAGCGGAGCCCAUGAGUACCAGAUGGAGUCCAGGAAUGCUAGGUGGAGCCAAGGAAUGUUAGACGGAGCCCAGGAAUGACAGAUAAGUGAGUGGUGGAACUCUACAGUCGAAGUGUCUAGACCGACAGCACGGAAGCUCACUGGAAAGACGUUACCAAAAAUUUGUACAUUAUUCAUAUAAUCACAACUGGCUCAACUUAGUG